AUGAUCGUGACGGUGACGAGCACUGAUAAAGGGAAGAACAAGCAAAAUAGGAUAAUGUUGGCGCGUUUCGCUAUCGCGACAGCGUUCCUGGUCUCUUUAAUAGUUCACGCGGACACCCAAGAUCCUUUGGUCCUCGAGGAAGAUGUAGAGUGGACGAACUUCGGCCUAACCGGUCGUAUAGUGAAUGGAACAAAGGCAGCUUUAAGACAGUUCCCUUACCAGGUCUCCAUAAGACGCAGUUACAAUUCACGACACUUUUGCGGUGGUUCUCUGAUCAAUGAAUACUACAUCUUAACAGCCGGUCAUUGUAUGUUUCUGAACGGCGGUCUUAUACAGCCGUGGACGAUUAUGGUGGUGGCUGGCGAGCUGCAGCUCAAUCAACAGGCGUCCACAGGACAGAGAAGAGGUGUCGAGAACAUUUACGUUCACCCUGAAUUCAAACUCAAUACAUUACAGAACGAUGUCGCUCUACUCGAGCUCAAGGUGCCGUUCAAGCUGACACAAGAGAUCAACGUCGCGCCCCUUGCGAUUCGUUCCCCGACACCUAACUCGAUCUGCCAGGUGGCUGGUUGGGGCUAUCCGGCGAACGAUUUUCCCGUGCCAACCAACGAUCUUAUGUACGUAGACUUACCGAUCGUCGACAUCAAGGAGUGCAGAAGGCUUCUGGUAAACGUGACCAGUAUGCUUCCGGGCAUGUACUGUUCUGGUUACUACGAGGGCCAGAGGGACGCCUGUCAGGGCGAUUCUGGCGGUGGAAUGAUCUGCAAAGGUGUCUUAACCGGCAUCGUUUCCGGCGGGUCAGGCUGCGCACUUCCGUCUGUGCCUGGCGUUUACUCGGACGUGUUCUUCUUCGAGAAGUGGAUUCUCGCUAACAUGAAGGCGCCUGUAUCGUCGUUGCUUACACCGAAGGAUUCGGGGGCAAAACAGGUGUCAGCCGUCACAUCUGUGCUACUGCUCACGCUUCUUCGUGGUCUAUUGUAA